AUGGAAGAACUGGCGGUGGAGGUCCGUGGCUCCAACGGGGCUUAUUACAAGGGCUUUGUCAAAGAUAUCCACGAUGACUCUCUCACCAUUGCCUUUGAGAACAAUUGGCAGCCAGAACGCCAGGUGCCCUUCAGUGAUGUCAGGUUGCCACCGCCUGCUGACGCCAAGAAAGAGAUUGGAGAGGGCGAGGAGGUGGAGAUCCUCUCCAGAGCCAAUGAACAGGAGCCUUGUGGUUGGUGGCUGGCUAAAGUUCGCAUGAUGAAGGGAGAUUUCUAUGUGAUUGAGUACGCGGCCUGCGAUGCCACCUACAAUGAGAUAGUGACCUUUGAGCGCCUGCGUCCAGUAAACCCCAACAAGGCCAUCACCAAGAAUUCCUUUCACAAGUGCUCUGUCCCUGUUCCUCAGGAUCUACAAGAAGCGUGCCAGAGUGAGAACGCCCAUAAGGACUUCAAGAAAGCUGUGGGAGCCUGUCGCAUCUCAUACUGCCCCGAGACCAGCCAACUAGUGAUUGUGUCCACCAAUGAGUCAACAGUGAAGCGUGUGUCUUUGCUGAGUGACAUGCACCUGCGCAGCAUCAGGACCAAGCUGCUGCUAAUGUCACGCAACCAGGAGGCUACAAAACACCUGGAGAGCUCUAGGCAGCUGGUGUCAUCCUUCCAGGAGGAGUUCAUGGUAAGACCGGAUCUGAUGGGCCUGGCCAUCGGCAGCCACGGCAGCAACAUCCAACAAGCUCGGAAAGUUCCAGGUGUCACUGCCAUUGAGCUGGAUGAGGAGACUGGCACUUUCAGGAUUUAUGGAGAGACAGCAGAGGCAGUAAAGAAGGCCAGAAACUACCUGGAGUUUCUGGAGGAUUCUGUCCAGGUGCCAAGGAACCUCGUUGGCAAAGUGAUCGGUAAGAAUGGUAAGGUCAUCCAGGAGAUUGUGGACAAGUCUGGAGUUGUGAGGGUCAGGAUAGAAGGAGACAAUGACACCAAGCAGCCCCGACAGGAAUUGACACAGGGAAUGGUCCCCUUCACCUUUGUCGGUACUAAGGAGAGCAUUGGCAAUGUUCAGGUUUUGCUGGAGUACCACAUCUCUUACCUCAAUGAGGUUGAGCAACUUCGUCUGGAGCGGAUGCAGAUCGACGAACAGUUACGUCAGAUCACCCAGGGUCACCGACCAGCUGACAGGGAGAGAGGAGAGAGGGGCGAGAGAGGAGGAGGGUAUAAUACAGACAGCAGUGCCAAUGCCUCCUCAUCCUCCUUACAUGCCACUCGCUCGUACAACAGUCGCGGCCGUGGGCGCAGAGGACACAGCUACAGCACUGGAUAUGGCACCAACUCAGAGCAGUCUAACGCCUCUGAGACUGAUUCAGAGCGUAAGGAUGAACUCAGUGACUGGUCCCUGGCUGGAGAGGACCAGGACAGGGAGAGGGAGAGAGGCUCUAGGCCACAGAGAGAUGGUCGCAGGAGGCCAGGACCCGGCAGAGGCCGCGGAGGGCCUGGAGGAAGGGGAAGAGGAGGAAGAGGAUACAGCAAUAGUUCUGCGGGGCCUCAGGACCACGAGGAUAACCAUGCCUAUGCAGUCUUGGAGACAAACACGGAGACAGACCAGACAGCCGACACUGAUGCUAGCGAGUCCAACUUGCCUGCAAACCGCCGCAGAAGGUCUCGGCGACGCAGAACAGAUGAGGACGCCACACUGAUGGAUGGCAUGAGCGAGUCUGACAACGCCUCAAUGAGUGAAAAUGGAAUAGAUGACUCGGAAGCUAAACCUCAGCGUCGUAACCGUAGUCGACGUCGCCGCAUCCGCCUGCCUGAGGAGAGGCAGCCAGUGACUGUGGCUGAUUACAUAUCCAGGGCCGAAUCUCAGAGCAGGCAGAUGACCACCAACGAACCCAAGAAGAACAUGGAUGUGGGUCAGGUGGAAGCCAUCGCUGAGCACAGCCCGCAACCUGCCCCGGCAACCACCAAUGGUUCCAACAACAAUGCCGCCGACAGUGAGGGCAGCGAUGCCGCCGGAGCUCCCAGGUCUUCCACCGAGAGGCCUGCCAAAGUCUCCUACAAGGAGGACUCAAACCCGCAGACUGUUGUUAAUGGACUUUCCUAGUCAGACCCCAGCAAACGAAAUGGUUUCAAAUAUUUGAACUUCUUUGGCUGCACUUAAUUGAAUCUCACUGUCUCUUGAGCAGCCUUAAAAGUGAAACAUUUAAAUACAACAAGCACUGUUCUUUUUUUACUUUUACAAAUAUUUGAAACCUGUUUCUCUGCGCAAGUUUUAGAAGUCUGAACCUAACUCCCCCACCUCCCCACCCACCACCACCACCUUUUACAUGUUCUGUCCAACUAUCCAUUUUAUUACAGUUUUUUUAACAAUAGUUCUUCCUGUAUGAGCUUGCCAAAGAUAGUCAAACACACACAGACUUACAGACAUCUCUACUUAGCUGUACUUUUCAGUCCACUCUUCAUUGAGAGCUCAGGGAGAGGUUGGACUGAAUGCAGUAUUUAUAAAACGCAGACAGGGAUUCCACUCAAACUCAUACUGUGGUAUGAAUGCAGCAGUUCUUUUUUUACUGGUAUAAAUAAUAUCAUAGCAGGGUUUUAGAAUAAAAAAAGGUCUGCCUUUUACCAGGUGGACUCAGAAAGAUGCUUCCACAACCUUUAAUCAGGAUGUUUUGUGCAUCUGAAGUAGUUUGUAACUUAAAUGUUCUGCAUGAGCAAUACCACAGUGCAGAUACGUUUGUUGGAAAACCCCAAGUAUGUUUGACAUACAUGUGAUCAGCUGUUGUGCCUUGAGAGUAGAUUCAACAUGUUGUUGCCUGGCUCUGCACACCAUCUGAAAUCCUUCCACUUUUUUCUGUGUUACUUGGUUGCCUCUCACCUGCCAACAGUCGAAACAGAUGAGCUGCCUCCUUUUGGCACCGUAGGCAGGUGCAGGCUAACACCGAAAGACCCUGAGAGGAUUUCAGAGGCAUAUCUUUUUAAAAUCAGGUGUGUCUAUUCUUAAUGUUUGUGGGGUAAAUGAGUCAAGUUAUUCUUUAUAUAUAUCUGUUGAGGAGUUUGACAUUAGCUGCUUUGUUUUUCAAUAUGCAACCACUUCGGUCAUAGAAGAAAUGUUAUUACGGAGUGUCUGGAAAAGAAACAAACAAUAGAAGAGUCUUUGCACUGAAACGUAACCUUUUUUUUGUUGAAAAAGUUGAUUGUAGUUGAGUCUGGAAACUGGCCUGUUACUGUUUAGUGCUGGACAGAGAUGUAGCCAUCAGUGCUGGGUUUCCUGGAAACAUCUCAUUGCUAAACUUCAGGUAGUUUCAUUGAAUAUGACAAGGAGGUUACUGAUGCUGGUUCUUCUCAGAAAUCACAUUAAAUCAUCAGAGACUUUAAGGACAUUUGCUGUAUCUUUGAGCUUAAUUUCCCAUUUUACAUGCACACCAUUGUAGUAAUCCUGCUGAAGAAGUAAGAACCAGACUAACUUGGUGUUGAGAUGUUUCUGGAAAACCGGGCCCAGAUGAUGACAAUGUCAUUUUCAUGGUUCUUCCACAGUCUGGCUGGCUGGAAACUGGUCAUGACUGUUUCAUUAAGGAAGGAGAUUUAUUUGGUUUAUUUAUUUAAAAAAUGUACAGUAUUUAAAAAAACACAAAAAAAACAAGAGAAGCUCUUCUUUUUCUUGACACUAAACAAUGCGUUACCUAGGGGUUACUUUGAAAACAGUUGACAAUUUGGACUACUGAGAGUUGUGACAUCCAGUAUGUUUUUUUUUGUUUUUUUUUAAAGGAUCGUUCUGGUUGGUUGAUGUGCAAUAUGUUUUGUAUGCAGGUAGUUCUUAAAUAAACUUGAUCUUCUGUGUAGAUCUAAAACCCAA